GAAUAAUAUCAGUACUUCCUGGAGCGGACCAUGAACGCGCCGCGCCGUCCGCGCUUCUCAGCAGACGCAGCUACAAACAUGAGCGGCAGCGGGAGAGCGGAGCACAGACGCGCCGCGCACGCGAGGGCAUAGGCGUCUGCGUCUGCGGGGCAUGGGGACAGAGCGCGAGAGCAUGCUGCAGCUGGCGGCGGAGGCGUUCCACUCCAAGAACUUCGACCUGGCGGCGGACAUCUACCAGUGCCAGCUAGCGGGUCUCGGAGACCCCGGGAGCCGCCAGGAGCUGAUGGUGAAGCGGGCGGACGCGCUCGCCUUCGGCGGCAAAUUCACGGAGGCUUUCGCCGUGUACCGCCAAGCAGCGGAGAUGGACCGACUGAGACCCGCGCACCUGGCCAACUUCAUAGAGUACCUGUCCAGCAGCAUCAGGAGGCAGGAGCGGGCUGGGGCUCAGAGUCAGGGGACGGGGACGGGAGCGGCGGCUCCGGGCACCGGCCGCGAAGACUUCUCGUGUCGGAUCUGCCUGAGCUUCCUGUUCGAGCCCGUGACGCUGCCGUGCGGCCACAGCUUCUGCAAGAAGUGUCUGGAGCGCGAGAGGAAGGAGCGCGAGCGCCCGGUGAUGUGCCGGGAGUGCAGCGACAGCUCCAGGGUGGCCGACGUGCAGAGUUACCGCGUGAACGUGGUGCUCAGCGGCCUGCUGGCCAAGUGCUUCCCCAGCCUGCAGCAGGCCGGCCGGCUGCGGCGGGAGGGCAACGCGCUGUACGCGGAGAAGCGGAUGGAAGCGGCGCUGGAGCGAUACGACCGGGCCGUGCUCAUAGCACCCAUGGACCACAUACUGUUCAGCAAUCGCUCCCAGAUCCACUCCAGCCUGAAGCACUAUGACAAGGCUCUGAGGGACGCUGAGGUGGCCUGCAGGCUCAUGCCUCGCUGGUCCAAGUGUCACGUUCGCAAGGCCCAGGCCCUGGUGUCACUGGGCAGGACAGAGGAAGCUCUGAGGGAGUAUCUGCUGUGUCUGUCCAUAGAGCCGGACUGUAAACUGGCAAAGGCUGAAGCUCAGAGGCUCCUCAGCGAUCUCCUGGCUCCAGUCACAGAUCAGGUCCCUGAACACAUCUCGGACUACUCCAAUAUACUGUCUUCCAGAGCUCACAUCAAAAGCAGCAUCAGUUCUCCCUCCCAGACGCUCAGUCCCAGUUUGCAGUCUUCUGGGUCCAGUCUGGCCGCCACUCCUGCUCCUGAGAGGUCAGAGAAACGCGAAGUCAGAGAUCAGGAAAAGCCCGAGGUCAGGAGGCUGGACCAAUGUUUUAGCUUGAAACGGAAGCGACAAAAUACAGAGGAGGAGGUCAAGGACGGGAGACAUGAGAGGAGCGAUGACCACAAGAGAUCCAAACCCGAGCCAUCAGACCUAAAUGGGUCGUUAGGUUCUGCACUUGGUGACAUUUUGGACCCGGCUGAUCUGGAGUGUUCUCUUUGCAUGAGACUCUUCUAUGAGCCAGUGACGACACCGUGUGGCCACACCUUCUGUCUUCAGUGUCUGGAGAGGUGUUUGGACCACAACCCCAAGUGUCCACUCUGUAAAGAAGAGCUGUCUGAGUACCUGGUCCAGAGGCAGUACUCUAAGACAGUGUUGAUGGAGAACCUGAUAUCUAAGUAUCUUCCCUCUGAGCUAAUGGAAAGACAAAAAGUCCAUCAGGAGGAAAUGGCGGAGCUCUCCAAUCUUAACAAGAACGUGCCUAUAUUCGUGUGCACCAUGGCCUUCCCCACUGUGCCAUGUCCUCUACAUAUCUUCGAGCCCUGCUACAGACUGAUGAUUCGCCGGUGCAUGGAGACGGGAACCAACUGCUUCGGCAUGUGUUUAGGAGACAACCUCAAAGGGUUCGCAGACUACGGCUGCCUGUUGGAGAUCCGCGAUGUGAAGUUCUUCUCCGACGGCCGCUCGGUGGUGGACACGAUUGGGAGGCGGAGGUUUAAAGUUGUUCAGCACAGCGAGAGGGAUGGAUACAAUACAGCUGAUAUAGAGUACCUCGAGGAUGCUAAGGUUGAAGGUGUAGCAGAACGUGAGCUACAGUCUUUGCACGAUGUGGUGUAUGACCAGGCCCUGGUUUGGGUCAACUCUCUCAAGGCUGAGCAGAAGGCUCGUAUUGAAGGGCACUUUGGACCUAUGCCUGCCAAGGACUUUGAACUUCAGGCCAGUCCUAAUGGUCCCUCAUGGUGCUGGUGGUUAUUGGCUGUUCUUCCAUUAGAGGGCAGAGCCCAGCUGCCGUUCCUGGCCCUCACUUCUCUGAAAGAUCGACUCAGUGGCAUCCGCAAGGUGCUGCUCUUCAUGACCCAGUGCAGACACCGGUGACAUGAUCUCCACAAACUUUCAGCCACCUGGAAAAUGCAGUGUCCGUGUUCCUGCCCCCAUACACAACCCCUGCAACAUGGCAGCAGUUGACCUGCUGUUGUUCCCUUUUGAUGCACAAAGAAAUUGACCUUGUUACACCUUCCGCCGUCUUCAACCUAAAGCAGCGCUGCAUUUCACCUGCACAUCAACAGCAAGCAAAGAUGAAAUAGAUCAAACAUAACAGCUAUCUUCCAGCAUUCUCUUCGCCAACCAACCAACCAACCAACCAACCAACCAACCAACCAAUUCUUGCUGACUGUCUUUGAAAUCAAACAUCAUUUUAAACAGGCUCAUUUACCUCCAUUUGAUGUCAUUGCGACAAUGUUAACGCGCACAAUCUCUGUUUUAUGUUAUAGUUCAAACACUAGUGUUCAGCAAUAAGCUGUUGUGUAUCUUCCACUAUUGCCUUUCGGACUCUUUCCACCAGUGCAGUUCUCCACUUCAUCUGAAGAAUAUGACGAAAACAAAACAACAAAAAGGAACUGAUUUUGCACAAUAGUUCAGUCUUCUAAAAAAAUUAUGGUAACCUUUCAAAAACAUUAUACAAAAUGCUAAAGAAAGACUGAGCCAAUUUCUCAGAUCCAAAAUAUAGAUUAGCUUUCUCCACCUACUACACAUAACAAAACUUAGAUAUGCUUGAUCAAAUAACAUCUCUGUAAAUUGUGUGUCCGUUAGGAAGUGCAGGCAUUUAGCGAUAAAUGUCUAAUUACUGUAAGUCUUACAAUAUUAACAGCUUCCUCCUAUUUUUGUGUGACUUCUCCAGCAGAAUAACACUGGACCUGGACUGGACCUUUACAUCAGUGUGCUUUAAGGCUUGUGUUCAGGUGUUUUAUUCAUUCAUUUUUUGUUUUUAUUUUCUUCCAGUAUUUAUUUUUGCGAUUAUUUAUGCAUGCAUUGACAUUGUUUACAUUUCACAGAAAGAGAGCUGCUCACCUUCCAAAGUUUUUUUUUUCUGAUCCCAAACAUCAGCAAUAACUACAGAUUAAGUUUGGGUGGAAAAGCCCCAAGGUCACUUACCAAACCUCAGUUCAGAGAGGGUAACACACAGCUGAUGUAGCUAUCACUAAAACCUGCAAAGGACCAACUCUGGAAACGGGUUAUGGGUAGAGUCCAUCCCAGAACACCUAUUUAUAGAUGACUGGUGACCCAAAUCUAUGUAGUAAUUUACUGGCCUGUCGUGAUCGGAGCUAUGUUGAGUUUCAACCACCGCUCCUUCUCAUGAUCUCUUAAGGGUAUUUAUUUAGUAUUUAUUCCGAUUUUUUGCACUUCUCCAUUAAAUAAGGGAACGAAACUAAGUAAACAGGCCUCAGUUCAUAUAUGUUUAACCUCACAGGAGUCGGAUGACUUUUUUGAUUGACUAUUUUGAUUAAUGAUAUUUAGUGUCCUUAGCAAAAAAAUUAAACGCUUUCUAAAUGUAAGUCUAUUGCAGAUCUCCAUUCAUUUGGCCAGUGCCUUCUAUUCACAAAAAUAAAGUUUACCCUUUACAUUCACAAUUGUUCAUUCAAAACAUGUGUUCAUCACAGUAUAAACAAAAACUAAACAAUCGAAUUACAGUUUGAGGAUAUUGAGGCCUUGCCGAUGUCUGUGACAUGACUGUUUUUACAUGGUUUAAGAUAAUCUCAGAUUGUUGAACUUUGUCUGCAAAAAUAUUAUAUUGUAUCUACAUGUUUGCUUUAAAUGUUUUGAUGUCAGUCAGGUUCUUUGUAUUUUAUAUUUUCUUCAUUUAGUAUUUGUCACUUUAUUUUCUGUGUAAGAGUACAGGGAGUGUCAUGUCAAGUCAUCAAACCAAUUUUCUUUUUGGUACUGAAAGGGCCAAAGUCAUGCAAUGCUGAAGAAUGGAUCCCCGGUAAUAUGAAAUGCCACAACUUAAAUCUAUUUGAAAAAUAAUUUAUGGAUAUUGUUUUGAUGCCUAUAUGAUUUUUUUCAUAGUGUCAGAUAGCAGCAGUGUUUAUUUAUGGAAUUGUAAUUCCAUAAAUCCAUUGUGCAAUUUAUCAUCUAUGAAUGAAUUUAGAUGAAAAAUAUUGACAUGACAGAAAUAGUUUCAUUCAACCAUCUGCCUACCGCAUAAAAGUAUUGCUGCAGUAAUGCUGAAAAAAUGUUAAAUGCAUUUUGUAGCUGUUAAUCAACAAGACUACAACAAAUUAUUAGCUCCAACUGGGCAGUAAAAGGAAACCCAGCAUAAAAAGCAUAUCAGUGUAUUCUUGUCUUCUUUCCUGAUUCGAAAGGGCUCAAGUGGGAAACCAGUCUUAAAUUUGGCUUCAAAGCAAUAUCUAUAUAUUAUUGUUUAUUUGUGGCAGCAGCAUUAGUGCCUUAAGUUAGACUUCUUCCAUAUUCUCUAUGAUGUAUAUCCUACAGUGGCAACAAGGUAACAUGGUUUUAAAAAAAAAACUGAAGUUCUCUGUAUCACAUCUAAUGAUGAUGAGCAAAGAAAUUUCAUUUAAAAUUGAUCCUGUCCUGACUUUAUUUUUAUCUCAUUGCAGUGUCUGUUGGAACUGAUCUGAAUUGCUGUGUCUGACAGUAUUUAUUUUACUUGGAAUUUGGUGUACGUUGAGAGAGUAACGUAUUACAUACUCCUGUGCUUAAUUGUCACUUUAAUUUGGAACAUAUAAAUAAUUCAAAGUCCUCUGGUCAAAACAAAUGUUCUGAGGUUGAUUUGGCUUACUAGAUAACGGACACUACCCUCAUUUCUACUAAUGCUAGUAUUAGCAGCCAGUUACUGUAGCUUAGUUCAUCCUUUAAAGUCAAAUGUAAGGCAGCUUCUCUAAGUUUGGACACAACCAGGCUAGUUCUUUAUGUUUUAUUCUAACUUUAAUUAACUUGCUAACGGCAACAGAUGCGUAUUUUAUUUAUAGACGUGAAAGUGAACCAAUAUUUUAAUCCAACUCUUGGCAAGAAUCCAGUCCAUUUCCCAAAGAGUCAAACUUGACUUACUUGACUCGAUAUUCAGGAUGUUUUCGUACUACAGGAUUUACUGAAUUUUACCGCAAUUACAAAUAUAACUUAAAACAAGAGAAUAUACAAAUAUUUUCACUCCCUGCAAACCUAAAUUAGUUCUAUCCGUAAUUUUAAUUUUAACAUUAUUAUUACAAAAUUACUGUUUUUUUUAAACACAGCAAUGGAUAAUGUUUUUGUCACCAGUGAGACUCCAUACAUGGUUUAUCACACUGUAGCUUAUAGAGGUGUCACCUUUGAGCAGCAAACAGCACAGGUUAUAAAAUAUAACUUUGAAUACAGUGACAUUUGUCUUUGUGUCAACUACUGAAUCCUUGAAGGUCAGGAUGAGUUAAAGCUGAUUUUACAUUUUAGUAGCACUCCAAUCUCUUGAUAACUGUGACUGACAAACAGCAUUCCCUGUAAACAGCAGGCAUGUGCUCCAGCAUUGUGGGUGAUUACAUGUUAAAACACUGACCAUGCUGAUGUAGAAGGAGAUGGAUAUUUUCAACUAUGCAACAAAAGUUGACCUGAGCUCUAAAAGCCCAUUGACACCAUGACCUUUCAGAAUUCACCCUUUGACCUUUUGAAGAAGUGUAACUACCUCUGGUAUCUUCCUCAAGCACUUCCACGAAGAGGGAAAGAAAAAUUAUGAUGCUUCCUAAUUUUAUAGUUUUUUCUUCUCUUUUCUCACCCAUUUUAAGUGAAAUUCAUAGAAUAUAUACAAAUGUUGUACACCAUGUCCCAUAAGUGGUUAUUUUUUAAUUUGAUCUGUUAAAAGGAUAUUCAUAAAAGUUCAGCAACUUUUCACAGAACCCAAAUAUUUAAACAAAUUAAGGAAGCGCUUGAUUUAUCUGAAUUGCUUUCUAGAACCAAAAGCAACAUUUUGAGGUUAAAAUAAAUUAAAACCCUCUGUGAUUUUAUCAUUUGUGCAUUUCUAUCUGCUAAGCCUCAAAAAUGUUCAUGUCCUAAAGAAACGGAAGAACCAAGCGCUCUAGAUAUUUUUAACUAUUUGCUGUAACUCCAGUUUUUACAUUGCCUGCUUCUUUUAAACACUAUCCUGUAGAACCCCAUGGCCUCUAAAUGUGUCUGGGUUAAAUUGUACAAGAUGAAUGUAUGUAUGCCUGGACAUCGCUGACGUUUUCUGUACAUGUCUGUUUUUGAUAGUUAAACUUUGGUUUGCAUUAUGUUUGCAAAAGUGCAGCCUAAAGCUACAGCUUGUGAAUAAACCAAAUGGUUUGUGUUUUUGAUGCUA